AUGGACUGGAAGAACUAUCAUCGCUUAAAUGUCAUUUAUGACUUCAUGGAUAAUCUGGCACGAGAGUGCCCAUCUUUGUGUACAGUAUGUACAAUUGGGCGGACAGUUGAAGGUCGCGAUAUCAGGCUCUUGAAAAUAUCAAACGGUCGCUGCAACAAUGCGGGUGUGUGGUUGGACGGCGCGACCCACCCCCGCGAGUGGAUCAGUACAGCCGUAGUUACUUAUGUGGCCGACCAGCUUGUCAGGAACUUCGAUCAGCACCCAGAGUUCAUAACAAAUAAAGAUUGUUACGGAUGGGGUGAACGAGGUGAAGAGGGGUCUUCAGAAGAUCCAGGAAAUAUUUUCUAUAGAGGUCCAGAACCAUUUUCGGAACCAGAAACUUGUGCUAUUAGGAACGCUAUUUGCGAGAGUGACACUAAGUUCAAGGUGUUCCUGUCAUUCCAUAGCUAUGGUGAGGUGAUAAUUUUCCCAUGGGGUUACACUAGUGAUCCUUGUCCGGACUACGUUCAGAUGCUGGAGGCUGGCACAGCUAUGGCUAAGGCCAUACAAAAAGCCAGCGGCCAUACUUAUAAGGUGGGCAGCACAAAGGACCUCAUGUAUUAUGCAUCUGGAACAAGUACUGAUUGGAGCUACGCUGUCGCUAACAUUCCCUACUCGUAUAUGGUGGAAUUAAGAGGCAAAAGACAUCGUUUUCUUCUUCCAAAGGAGGAAAUUGUUUGCACAGCUGUGGAAGUUUUAUGCGGCGUAAUGAAGUUGAUGGAAUAUGUUGACAAACGCUGCAAAAAACCAUGUCCACCACGACCAUGUCCACAACCAUGUUCGCAACCAUGUCCACAACCAUGUGAUAAUGAUCCACCAUGUCGACUCUCAAGAUCCCAGUCCUGUAGAAGUUCAAAGUCCUGCAAAAGCUCUGGAUCUUGCCGAAGCGCUCGAUCCCAUUCUUGUCGCAGCUCCCAAUCGCAGUGCUGCGAAAGCUCAGACUCACAGUGCCAAUUCCCAUCAAAAUCCUGCAACUUCACUUAG